UGCAGAUCUGUUUCCGUAGCUGCCAGUUGAAACUUGAAAUUGAAGUCGAUUAAAUAGUAAUCGUUACGAGUUAUUUACAAGAGUGUAAGUGAAGCGUCGAAUAUUAAAAAUGUCUUUACUUCCGUGGUUCGAAGAUUCGCCAUUGUACCGCCCAAGAUACCAAGUAUCGACAUGGAGAGAUCCUGAAGACUAUUUGACGAGGAGCUUGUUAAGAUAUCCCUUGGAGGAAAUCAGAAAUUUGAGCUCGUUGCUCCAGGACACCGGAGUUUCCGUUUCAUCGGACAAAGAUAAGUUCCAGGCUAACGUCGAUGUGGCGCAGUUCAAACCAGAGGAAAUCUCUGUGAAAAUAACGGGCGAUAACGUCGUGACCGUGGAGGGAAAACACGAGGAGAAGGAGGACGAGCAUGGGUACAUCUCCAGACAUUUUGUAAGAAGAUAUGUCCUUCCGGAGAACUGUAAUAUCAAAGAAGUCAAAUCUAAGCUGUCCUCCGAUGGAGUCUUGACCAUCACGGCUCCUAAAGUGAGUGAAGAGAAGGCCAUUGAGCAUAGGGAAAUUCCUAUUACGAAAACGGGCCAGCCGGUAAAGAGAGUAGAACAAAAACCUUCAGAAGAAUCGAAGAAAUGAAGUACCUACAAUUACUGAAGAAGUAAAGUACAAUUACGUACAUAUUCAAUGUAUUAAAAUGUUUUUCUUACAUUAUUGCUUGUUUUGUUAUGUUGGACUGAUUUGUUAAUAAGGUCAAUUUAGUUUGUUUUUGUAGAUUUUUGAAAUACUUUUGUAUUGUACCUACCUACAUUUUCAUGUUUCUGAAAUGAAUAUACUUGUCCAACUAAA